AUGCCGGCCGGGUUUCAACAGUUGGGGGGAGAAACGGUGACUGGAACUCUAGCUCUAUCGGUCUUCACUGCUGUUCUGGGAUCACUGACAUUUGGCUAUAACAUUGGAGUCAUCAAUGCACCUCAGAAGAUCAUUGAGGCGGACUACAAUGAAACAUGGGUGCACCGUUAUGGAGAACCUAUACCAAGUGGGACCCUCACCUCCCUCUGGUCUCUGUCAGUGGCCAUAUUCUCCAUCGGAGGCAUGGUGUCCUCCUUCUGUGUGGGUUUCAUCUCAGAGUGGCUUGGCAGGAGAAAAGCCAUGCUCGCCAACAAUUUGUUUGCCUUCAUUGGUGGGAGUCUGAUGGGAAUGUCCAAGCUCUGUAUGUCCUUUGAAAUGAUGAUCCUGGGACGUUUUAUCAUUGGCGCCUACUGUGGCCUCGCAUCUGGAUUAACACCAAUGUAUGUGGGGGAGAUAGCUCCUACAAGUCUCCGAGGUGCACUGGGCACUUUGCACCAACUGGCAAUAGUCACUGGCAUUCUUAUAGCACAGGUUCUGGGUCUGGAGUCAUUACUGGGCAGCGAACACCUAUGGCCCGUUCUGCUGGGUUUAACCGUGGUACCAACUGUCCUCCAGAUGGGUCUGCUGCCCUUCUGUCCUGAGAGCCCCCGAUUCCUCUACAUCAUCCGCAGCCAGGAGCACCUUGCCAAGCGCGGCCUGAGGAGGCUGACAGGCCGGCAGGAGGUGGGUGACAUGCUCGCAGAGAUGAAGGAGGAGAAGAGGAGGAUGGAAAUGGAGAGGAAAGUAUCCAUCCCUGAGCUCUUCCGCUCCUCUCUUUACCGCCAGCCCAUCAUCAUCUCCAUCCUGCUGCAGCUCUCCCAGCAGCUGUCUGGGGUCAACGCUAUUUUCUACUACUCCACCAGUAUUUUCAUGAAAGCAGGAGUCCAGAGUCCAGUUUAUGCCACAAUAGGAGCUGGGGUGGUAAACUGUGCAUUUACUGUGGUCUCGCUUUUCCUUGUGGAGAGGAUGGGUCGACGGACACUACACAUGUUGGGAUUGGGAGGAAUGUGUAUUUGUGCUAUCGUCAUGACAAUAGCUCUGGCUUUACUGGACAGCAUUCCUUGGAUGAGCUACAUUAGCAUGCUUGCUAUCUUUGGCUUUGUCGCCUUCUUUGAGGUGGGUCCAGGUCCCAUUCCUUGGUUCUUUGUAGCUGAGCUUUUCUCUCAAGGCCCAAGGCCAGCUGCCAUGGCGGUGGCAGGCUUCUCCAACUGGACCGCCAACUUCAUCAUCGGCAUGGGCUUCCAAUAUGUUGCUGAUCUCUGUGGGCCGUACGUAUUCCUGAUCUUUGCAGGGCUUCUCCUCUUUUUUCUUAUCUUCACAUUCUUUCGAGUGCCAGAGACCCGGGGUAAGACCUUCGACCAGAUCGCCGCAAACUUUAAUCAGCACUCAGCGGCGGGUAUGAUGGAUAUGGACAUGGAGCUGGACAAGCCAAGCACGGAGCUGGACUAUUUGGGCGAUGAAAGCAUCAAUUGA